GCUCCCUCUCUCUCUCCUCUCUCCCCGUCUCUCUCUCUUCCCCUCCGCUCGUCUUGGCCUUCUCCUCGCGCCGCGGCUCGCGCGCGGAUUCCGUCACCCAUCUCCCUCUCUCCCGCGCUCGCGCCCACCGGAAUCCGGCGCCGGGGACGGCGAAUCCGGUGCGGGCCCGCCCCCGAAUCGGCCCCGCGCCCCAGAUCUCUUCCCCACGCCGCCGCAUGUCAUGAGCCGCCCCCAUUUGCGCGCCGAGGACGACCCCCACGCCGUCCCGCGCGCCAAUGGGUUCUCGUUCGAGAUCGAGGAGGCGGACGCCGCCGCCGUCGCCGUCGAGCAGUCGGUGUCCCCCUCCCCCUCCCCCUCCUCGGCGUCGCCGCUGAUGUCGUCGUGCGGGCAGUACAUGCUGCACCGGGUGGGCAAGCUCGACACCCUCGCCGGGAUCGCCAUCAAGUACGGCGUCGAGGUAGCUGACAUUAAGAGGCUGAAUGGCCUGUCAACUGACCUCCAGAUGUUUGCGCACAAGACGCUGCGGAUUCCGCUCCCCGGGAGGCAUCCCCCGUCAAAUGGUUCAUAUGAGGGUGAUGACAGGGAAUGUACUCCUCCACGUCGCCUUCAUGAUGACCUAUUGGAUUCAGUUCUGAGAACACCAAGGCACAAAGUUUCACCAGCCAUGAGUCUUCUGCAGGGAUACUACGGUCUCACACCACCUCCAAAGGACCCAACACAUGAAGGCACAGAAAUGUCAGUAUAUGGAAAAGGAAAAUCUGUUUGCCUGGAUGACGACCCAUGGUUUGGAGAGCCACCAGAUUCUGAUCCAUUCUCUUUUCAACAUAGGAAAACCAGAAGCCAGGCAAUAGGUUAUUCUCUCCUGAAUGGUGGCACUGAGGAGAAUGGUGACAGCGAAAAGUUGAUAAGGCGACGGCAGAAAGCUGAUGGUGAGUUGUUACCUAGGGAAGAAAAUGGCAGUGCCGUACUAGCAAGGGCUGGGAAAGGCUUGGCAUUGAGGCCUAAGUCCGGCAGUCGACAAGAUUUGAACAAGAGUCAGCAGAACCUUAUGGCAUUGGUGGAGCCUUCUUUCAGCGAUGGGUUGCAUGCUGUAAGGAAAUCGUCGAGCACUCCGGAGUUCCAAGAACCAGAGAGCAAUAGCAGCAGUUCCUCCAUAUGGUCGACGAGCAAAUGGACCUUAAAACCAGAUGCUUUCACUCUCCCUCUUCCUCUCCCUCUUUUUGACAACAUUCCAAAGCCGAUUGCUGCCUGGAGAAACAAGACAGCUCGAGAUUAGUAGCUUAUAGUCUCUUGGUUCUACGCACCCCCGAUCAAAGGUGAGGUCUUGUAAGCACCCCUGGAGGAGCUUCGGUUGGCAACAGCUCUUCCGAGAGAUGGAAGCAGAGCAGGACCUUUGGACCUUGGUUAGUUCCUGGUAGCUGGAGCACACACCACGUGAGAUCAACACAGCGAUGGUGCUGAGUUUAGCUUCUGUUUUUAUGGUUCCCAUGUUAUAUUGGAGAUGCUGCAACGAGUAGCAGCAUCAGUUUCUUCAGUUAAGUUAUAGAUGAUACAGAGCCUUGGAUAUUGAGGAUAUUCUUUUGUACACAAUGCAGAUAAUGUAGGGAUAAAAAAGCGGCUAUAUAUGUUGUAUGUGUUAGACCUUCGCUGAUAAAGAAAAUCGUCACUAUUUACCUUGCAA